CCAAUACUGGCAAGUACCUAGCAUUUGGUGGCGGUGCUUACCUUAUGCAGACAAGACUGGAAAGAAGCCACAGCAGUCACCUGCUAGUAAGGUAGGUAGGUAGGUACGCACAGACAGACGUUCGAAAGCAGGUCACGGACAUUACCGACCGAUGAUAUGCUGAUCAAGGUCAAAUCGAAAGGGAAAACUCUUUUCCCAUUCUCUCGACAUCUCAUCAAUUGACAGACAGUUGCCAUGGAUAUCAACACCAUCUCACUCACAUCGAUCACUCAUCAUCAAAUCAAUGGGUCUCGACAUGCCUUCGCGCGACAUUCUCCAGACACUAUUCUCCUUCCCGUCCACAGGCGCGGUUCCCGCUCCCGAUCUCCAUUUUCCAGUCCCCGUACGGAUGGAUGCGCCUCCUUGCUGUCUCCAUAAUUUACCCCCACUCUCAGGUCUCUCUCAUGCUGGUUGCGCUCUUUCUCCCAUCCAACGUUACGGACCUAUGGUUCCUGUCGAGAUUUCGAUGCUCCUGCGUCUACCUAACCAACACUCGACCAGAAUCGACUCCGCCCAACUGUCCGAGACCUGCGUCACAUUCGCGGAGCCUCCCUGUCCUUCUUACCAGAAUCUUUCUUGUCAUCCAGCCUCUCAUUCAAACCUAUUCGCAUGGCUACUGCCCUAUUCGACAUCACCCCCGUACCCACGCAUCCGACACUGCAGCUGUAGCGAGGCAUUUCACGUCCAACACCCGUCCCGCUUGAAACUGCCCUCUUUUUUGCCCCCGUCGUCCUUGGAUCGUUAACGUUACCAAGAAAGCUCCGCACCAAAUCCCCCAUCCCUGCAAUUGGUGAGCCAACCGACACAAUCAUCAC